GAAUUAAUUUAUUUUCCUAUGUUAAAGAAAUACAAUUAUCUUUUUAUUUUUGUUUUUUUUGAAGAGUUUCUGAAAUCUAUGAAACAUUGACAAAUACAAAAAUUCCAUCGCAUGUUCGUUCAUUAGUUCUUGAUUUUACAUGUGAAGAUCUUGAAGGAAAUGAUAUCGAAGAUGUACCAUAUAUAAGAUAUACAUUCAGAUAA